AUGUCACACCUUCUUUUCUUUGACAAUUGGUUCUCCUCGCUUGACCUUGUGAUUGAGUUACACAAAAAGGGGAUAUACACAUUAGGAACAGUCAGACAGAAUAGACUAAAGGGCUGCAGGCUCAUUGAUGACAAAAGAAUGAAGAAACUUGGACGUGGCACCUAUGAUGAGAAAAGUGCUACUGUGGAAGGUAUAGAAGUCGAUGUUCUGAAGUGGUGUGACACUAAAUGUGUAACAUUUAUAUCAACAUAUGCUGCUGGAGAUCCGCCUGGUGUAGCAGAGAGAUGGAGCAAGAAAGAGAAACAAUUCAUUGAUGUGGCAUGUCCUAAUGUUGUGCUGGAGUACAAUAAGUUCAUGGGAGGCGUGGACCUACUAGAUGGUCUUGUGUCAUACUAUCGAACUAAGCUCAAGUCAAAGAAGUAUUACAUGAGAUUUUUCUUUCAUUUUCUGGAUAUGGUGACAGUCAAUUGUUGGCUACUCUAUAGGCGGGAUGGGAGAAGCCUUGAAAUCCCCCCUAAAAAGCAGAUGGAUUUGUUAGAUUUUAGAGCAGAAGUUGCAGAAGGUCUCCUCAAGUGCAAGAAGGAUACAACAAGAAAAAAAUCACGUAGGAGUAGCUCUGAUGUGGAGAAGAAACUCUUGGCCAAGAAAAAGAAGGGUCGUGUCGCCCCAACCCCAGCAAAGGAUAUUCAGAUGGACAGUCUUGUUCUGUAG